AUGGAUGUCUUGGCCUCCCGAACGGGGGAUGCAAUGGCCGAUAAGCUUGUCUUCUCCUCGUAUGUCAGAUGGCCCUCUUGGAUCUUCUUGAACCUUCACAGAGGUUCACAUCUUCACAUCUUAGGGAUGGUCCUGACACUUUCUCCAGCCUGUUGCCCAGCCCUUAAGAUCGGUCUGGUGGGACCUUGGUCCUUUGACUCCUACUUCUCCAAUGCCCUGCCUGAAGUUGCUGCUCAACUAGCUAUGGAGCGGAUCAAGAAGGAUCCUUCCCUUGCCGCGGUCCAUCCGCUGGAUUAUGUAUUGUUUGAGGAAGAUCUCCAGACUUGGAAAGCAAUGGCUAGAUUCCUUGACUCCUCCAAGAAUCGGUCAGCAUUCAUAGGACCGCUGAAUCCUAGCUAUUGUGAGGCUGCCUCGUUGCUAGUCCAAGUUUGGAACAAACCCAUGUUAUCUUGGGCCUGUCUAAAUGACGACCUGGAUAAGCCAAUUAACCAACCGAGGUUUAUCAGAACUUUGCCUUCUGCGGCUUCUGUCCUCCUCACUGUGUUGAGAUAUUUCAACUGGGCUCAUGUCGGCAUCAUCUCUUCCAAGGGGGACCUUUGGAUGGACACAGCCCAGAAGCUGGCUAGCGUUCUCAGAAGCCACGGGCUACCUGUGGUUCUUGUUACAUCCACGGGGACAGAAACAGAAAAAGUAGAAGAGGCUUGGACCAAGAUAGAAGCUGCUGGAAACAUCAAAGUCCUUCUCCUCUGCAUGGCAUCUGCUCUCAUCGGAGGCGAAGACCAAGCGACAUUUCUAAGCAAAGCCCAGGAACUCGGACUGGCUGACGGCAGAUACGUCUUUGUGCCCUACGAUACUCUCUUCUACAGCCUCCCCUACGGAAACCAUUCCUAUUUCCUUCUGGAAAACGAUGGAGCCUUCCGGAAGGCUUAUGACGCGGUGCUGACAAUUACCUUGCAGUCUGGAGAACGGACUUUCUACCAAGCUUUCCAAGCGGCUAAAGAAAAAGGCGAAAUAAAAGCAGAUUUGGAACCAGAACAGGUCACUCCACUUUUUGGGACAAUCUACGAUGCCAUUUACCUGCUCACCAAAGUCCUAGCCAAGGUAGCUCGGCCCCAAACUUCUGAACUCUUGGGAACAACUUUGAUUCAUCAUGUCAGAAAUUUGGACUUUGCCGGCUUCAGCCACAGGAUUCAAGUCGACAGCAAAGGAAGGCCGUUGGCCAGAUACGUGAUUCUGGACACGGAUGGCAAAGAAAGUCACCUGUACCCCACUUACCUGCUGGAGGCAUCUUCGGGCAUGAUGCAGCCCUUGGGGAGGGCAAUCCAUUUCCCUGGGGGGAGAUCGCCCCCAGUUGACUCGGCCUGCUGGUUUGAACCCGACGUCCUCUGCGAAAGAGAUGACGCCUGUUAUUUGAUCCUAGUGUUAGCUUCUAUCUUAAAUCUGGAAGUAUAUCAAUUUGACCUCCUACCUUACAGGAAAAACAGUAAUCCUGACCGCCGGUUCGCGAAAGGGUCGCAGAGGCUGUUUCUGACUUUAGACGAUCUAACUUUCGUGAACACCAAAAUCAGUAGAAUGAGAUUAACUCUGGACAAUCUCAGUGAAUCAAGGAGCUGCUCCGAAGUCCACAGCUUGAGAUCCGUGACUCACUCGUUGUCGGUGAAAAGCACAACUCUAACCUAUGAAACCUCGAAUGUGGCUGUGUAUGAGGGUGACUGGGUAUGGCUGAAAAAACUCGAGACUGCAGUGACCACGGAUUGGAAGCCACGUGCAACCCAUGUGCUUACCAAGAUGAGGGAGUUACGCCAUGAAAACGUGAAUCCGUUUCUAGGUCUUUUAUCUGACACGGGACUUUCUGCAGUUGUGAUGGACUUCUGCUCCAGGGGAAGUCUCCAGGACUUGCUCCAAAACAUGGACAUAAAGCUGGACUGGAUGUUUAAAUCAUCCCUUUUGUUGGAUUUAAUUAAAGGCAUGAAAUACUUACAUAACCAGGACAUUAGCCAUGGACGCCUGAAAUCUCGCAACUGUGUGGUGGAUGGACGGUUUGUGUUGAAAAUCACUGAUUAUGGUUACAGUGAGCUAAUGGCAGCGCAGGGCGUCUCCCAGAGUCAGGCCUCUGCAGAAGAAUUGCUCUGGACCGCUCCUGAAUUACUGAGAGAGCCCGAAGUUAACCCCAAAGGCACCUCGCAAGGCGACGUGUUUAGUUUUGCCAUUAUUCUGCAAGAAGUAAUUCUCCGAGGGCCUCCCUAUUGUAUGAUGGAACUGACUGCUGAAGAGAUUAUAAGCAAACUGAAGCACCCCCUGACGUUGUUUCGUCCGAGUGUCCUGGAAAAUACCCCUUUGGAAUAUAUCCAGUUGAUGAAGAAGUGCUGGAGUGAAGUGCCCAAUCGAAGGCCGACCUUUAACAAGAUCUUUGAACAGUUCAAAACCAUCAACAAAGGAAAACGGAUGAACAUCGUGGACUCCAUGCUGCGGAUGCUAGAAAACUAUUCCAGCAACCUGGAAGAAUUAAUCCGAGAGAGAACGGAAGAAUUGGAGGUGGAAAAACAGAAGACGGACAAACUCUUGUCUCAAAUGCUUCCGUUGCCAGUGGCUGAAACGCUGAUCAGGGGAGCAUCCGUGGAGCCGGAAUACUUUGACGAGGUCACCAUCUACUUCAGCGACAUUAUCGGCUUCACCACCAUGUCUGCCCUCUGUGAGCCCAUUGAAAUUGUGGACCUUCUAAAUGACCUCUACACUCUCUUUGACGCCAUCAUCGGCCAUCAUGACGUUUACAAGGUGGAGACCAUCGGCGAUGCUUAUAUGGUGGCAUCGGGGCUCCCGACACGCAAUGGCCACAGGCAUGCCGCUGAGAUCGCCAACAUGUCUCUGGAUAUCCUCAGCUCAGUGGGAGCUUUCAAAGUGAAACAUAUCCCGGAUUUGCCGGUUAAGAUACGGAUGGGGCUGCAUUCAGGUCCUUGUGCUGCAGGAGUGGUAGGCCUCACCAUGCCCAGGUACUGCCUGUUUGGAGACACAGUGAAUACGGCUUCACGAAUAGAGUCUACAGGACUGCCCUACAGGAUUCACAUCAGCCAAAAUACCAUGAGGAUCCUUCACAGUCUUAAAGAAGGUUACAAAAUGAACUUCAGGGGGAAGACAGAACUGAAGGACCACGCCGACCACGGGAAAAGCCCACUUCUCCUGCCCGUCUUCCCGCAGGAUGAUGGAAGAGCUGUCCUCUUCCACAGGCCCACGUGCCUUUUGCCCUUUGGCUCCUUUGAAGAGUCUUGUGGGAGACCCAGAAAUCCUAAAGUCAACAGGCAGCCCGACUCCUCUCUGCUGGGUUGCCCCAUAAAAUCUGCAGGAUAA